AUAAUUAUAGUUAUUAUUUUUUAUUUUUAUUAUGACAUUUUGUGCUAUCUAGGGCAUCAAUGUAACUCACAAUAUUUGACAACGUAUACACGUUCGGAAGGAUAUACAUCUGACGAAGAAGCAAGAACAGUUUUUGAAGGAAUUACUUUAAGUCAAUGCGCUGAUCGCUGUAAAGCUUUUAGCGAGUGUCAAUCAUUUGAUUAUGACUCGUCAAGUUUGUUAUGCGAAUUAAAAACUAAAAGUGCCGAGCCGCUCGGAUCAUCAAAGUUACUUUAUACCAAUAGAGCUACCACAGCAUUUUUUCAGAAAUUAUGCCUAACAACGUCAUUUCGAUGCCCCUCUCCAUUUUUAUUCGAACGUUUUCCGCAACAUAUCCUCGUUGGGAAUGCAUUUGAGGUUAUUGUUAACAUUUCAUUGACCGAAUGUUUAUCGUUCUGUUUAAAGAAAAAUCUUGUUUUCUAUUUAAGAUCUGUGAUGUUCUUUUAUCAAACACACGAAUGUAUAUUGAACCAUGACAGCCGAAUUAUCAGUCCUCAUCUGUUUAGCAAUGAAACUACUGGAAAAAUUGUCGACUAUUUUGACAAUAUUUGUUUUGAUGGAUUUGUUCAGAAAAAUGCAAUCGAUGGCGAAAAAUUUCCAUGUAAGGUGUUUGCAUUCAGUGAUAAAUCGAUGAAAUGCCAUUUAACUUCGGAAUCUAGUUCCUUAUUACUAGCAACAACAAAUAUUAGUCGGUUAAAUCAAGCUGAAAAUGAAUUCAGUUUUUAUGAAAAAAUUUGUCUCGAAGAUAACUUUUAUUAUACUUCUACCAAAGUAAACCAAAUUGAAAAUGACCGAUGGAGAAUCGGAAAAAAUGCAAAAAUUAUGUGUCAAUGGAGAAAAGGUAUUCGUAUAUUUGGAAUAACUGUUUGUCCUUUUACAGGAAUCGAAAGUGAGUGUGGCUUGGAAAAGAUUUCGAUAAGUUCGCAUUUUCCCAAAUCUACGUCAGGCGCGAUUUUUAUUAAAGAUCAUUUUGAUACAUGUAGAUUGGAAUUUUAUCAAGAAACAGUAGCAAAACUUGAGAUAACUAUGCCAACAUUACGACUGAAUAAUCCGCCUUGUCCAGGCCGAGAAAUUGCUCCAUUCGUUUGGUCAUUUGUGGUUGUAGUGCAGGUAAACAAUUUGGGUAUUCCAGAACUGAUAACAACGAAUGACCGAGUAUUCAAUAUUUCUUGUGAUUUUUCCCGCAUAUUUUUCGAGAAUGAUCAGUUAAGAAUUAAAGAAUUUAGCGGAAAUAUUGCUCACGACCAAAUUCGAUUAGCUAUUUUGCGCAAUGGUAAACCAGUUAGUACGGUGCUUAUGGGCGAAGAGCUUGAGAUGAGAUGGACGAUGCUCGGAGAUAAAAAAGAACAUGUUGGCUUCUUUAUAAAUAAUUGUACAGCAGAACGGCUCGAUGGUUUAUCACCACAUCCAACUCUUUUGACUUUAAUCGCUAAUGGAUGUAUUAUGGAAAAAGUUAAAAAAACCUUGAUGCCAUAUCCAUUAAUUAAGACUGAUGAUGGCUAUAGUACGGUUAUGCGAAUAUUUCGAUUUGAUGGGUCACGGCGAGUUCGAAUCAGAUGUUCAAUCGACAUUUGUGCUCAUCAAUGCUCUCCGGUUGAUUUCUUUAUAUUUCUUGAAAGAGGUGAACGACUGGAGCAGAAAGCAAUAACUGGCACUCUUACGAUUGUUGAUGCUGAAGAAGAUAAACGACAACUAAUCCAGCAAAUAACAAAGAAGAGACUUCUCAAACUACGCAAUACUAAUCGUAAGAUUACAUUCAUUUGA